CGUCACAGCAUAUAAUUUCUCAUUGCGCAGCGGCUGCCCGGCCAAGAAACACGGAACACACGGCCCUCCCUCCCACGCCUCUCUCGCCAUGAAGUUAAUUCACAGCGGUGCGCAGCAGCGGAGGACGCAGUUUUGAUUUGUUUGACUCAUCCCACGCCGCCACCGCAAGCUUUGUUUGUCGCUGCGCUGUGCGUCGAGUGUUUAAAAGCGAAGAGACAGGAAUGCCAUGGCCACUCAGAACAACCAGGAUUACUACCGAUCAGUCAGCAGCGAGUCCACAACCUACAUGAUGGUUCCAGCCAACAGCACCAGCAGCAACCGACGGGACGCUCCGUCAAAGUUAUGGAUAGCGAUGGUGGUCAUCGUGGUGGUGGUGCUUCAGAUAGCCUCCACCACAGGACUGUUCGUCUACCUUAACAUGUCGCUAUCUCAGGUGAAGAGCCAGGGUGUGACAGAGGAGCUGAGGUGUCUGGGCCUCCUCAACAUGCUGGAUAAAGAGAAGGAGCUGCCGGAGAACCUGGCCCAGAUAGUAGGGGAGCCCUGCGUCAAACUGGCAGAGGGUAUCAAGGCAUACAUCUCCAAGAGCACUGAGACACACAAAGCAUUGCACAGUUUUCCAGAGCCCAGGACCCAGCCCCGAGUGAACAGUACGGCUCCCCCAGUCCGGCUGCCCCAGAGCUCAGUACCCCAGAGGCCCUCAGCACACCUCACACUCAGAGACAGCGGGCAGCCAGGUAUGCUGCCCACCCCCCAGCCUGACCUGCACCAGUCGUGUCGCCACCCGGUGCGUACCUGGGGCAACGGCAGCUUCGGAGCCCACCUGCGCAACAUGACGCUGGCCAGCGGGCGGCUGCGAGUGCCCCAGGACGGACGCUACUACCUGUAUGCCCAGGUGUACUUCCGAUACCCGUCGCCCAGCUCCGACACCGACCAGUCGGGUGCCAGCCAUCAGCUGGUGCAGUGCAUCUACAAGAAGACCAACUACGUGCGGCCGAUCCAGCUGCUGAAGGGCGUGGGCACCAAGUGCUGGGCCCCCGACGCCGAGUACGCCCUGCACUCGGUGUACCAGGGCGGCCUGUUCGAGCUGCGCGCCGGAGACGAGGUGUUUGUGGCCGUGUCCUCGCCCACCAUGGUGCACGCCGAGGAGUCGGCCAGCUACUUCGGGGCCUUUCGGCUGGACUUUUGAAGAGGUGGAUGGGAUGGUGUGGUAUGCUAGAGAGUGAAAGAGAAAAGAGAGGUACACGAGAGGGUUGUUUUGGAGAGUUUUUGGUUUGAUUCUUCAAGCCGGAAAUGAAAAAGAGAGGACAAGGUGGGUUGGAGAUGAACAAUAAAAGGAAUCGAAUGGUUUGAACGGUUUGAACGGGAAAAAAAAGACGCCGAGAUGAAAGACAGGACAGAAAGGCAGAAAGGGAACGAAAUAACGAGGAACUCGGGGAGUGAACAUUUAAAAAGGAAACAGUGGACUGCCACGGGAAUUAAAAAGAAAGACUUCAUUACCCACAAUGCUCUCUGGUGCUGUGUGCUGUGCAGAUGAGUGGAGAGUGGAGUACCAUGAAAUAUGGCCGCCAUGUUGUUUUUUCUUGUUUUUAUUGCUGAGUCAUUGGCCUGGAAGUGGUUUAUGUGGUGGAUCGAAGUGAGGAAAGAACUUGUGUUUUUAAUUCAACAUUUUUUUAAGAAAAGGAAAACAAAAAAACUUACCACAGAACCCUGACUCUCGAUCUCCCUCCAUACAAAUGAAAGACAGAAAGAAUGAAUGUAUUUUUCUAAAGCCAAACCGGUGGAUUUUUUUUUUUUUUUUUGCAAUGCGGAACAAAAUGGAUGACCAAAGCCUGUGUUGUUGUUUUUAUUAUUAUUGUUGUUAUUAUUAUUAUAAUUAUUAUUUUUGUUGUUGUUGCUGUUACUUUUAUGUUUUACAUGUCGCUGGCUUUUGUACAAGCCAUUGUUUUUUUUCUCUCUCUCGCUUGUGUAUGGGACGGUAUAUCCAGACAGAGUGCACUCCGUUGCACUCCCUGGAAAAGACUGGAAACUGGACAAGUCACAUGACAAGAAACGCAGUAUCUGAUUGGCUGAGAGUCAGAGUGGCUCCUUGGCAGAGGGCCCCCUACGCUUGUAGGGCACAGGAAGCCUGCGAGGCUGUGGGAAUUGGAACCCGCUCCGCUGUGUUUCGAUGCCCGUGUGAGCGAGUGUGUAUUUGCGUGUGGGUGUGUUUGUGCGUGC